GACGCGGCCGUGCCGUGCCGUGCCGGUAGCGCAGCGUCGGCAGCCCCCGGGACACCGGGACGGGUCACACGGGGCUCGCCCUGCCCCUGGAGCCACUCCGAGUCCCGCGGCACCCACUCCCCUGGCCUUGGAUAUCCGGCCGGGCCCGGCGGGGGGCUCCCCCGGCCGAGGAUGUCCGGCAGCGGCCCAGGACGGCCGGCGGAGGUGGCAGAGUGGCUGGCACAUCCCUUUGAUGGCUUCCUCGGGAGCACGGGCCCGUGUGCCGCCGCCGUGGGGCCGCGGAGGGGCGGCGCCGGCAGAGCCCGCGGGCAGCAGCAGCUGCUGCAGCAGCAGAGAGCCCCGAGCCCCGCGGCAGAGAAGAGCCGAGCCACAGCUCCUCGCAGGAAGAGAGCCAAGCCGGGAGCUGCGGACCCGCCCUGCAGCCGGGCCCUGGCGGAGCUGCCGUGGGUGGAGAGAUACCGGCCUGAGAGCCAGAAUGACCUUGCUGUGCAAAAGAAGAAAAUUGAGGAAGUUGAAACCUGGUUAAAAAUGCACAUAGUUCAGAGGCAACCAAAGCAGAGUGGCUCUGUCUUGCUGCUGACUGGUCCUCCUGGCUGUGGAAAAACUGCAACUCUGCAAAUUCUAGCCAGAGAUCUUGGCCUUCAGGUGCAAGAAUGGACCAAUCCACUCUCUUUAGACUUCACAAAGGAAGACUUGAGGAACAUGUUUGGCCAUGACUCAAAUUUUCAUACGUUUCCGAGUCAGGCCCAAGCAGCUCUCUUUCAAGAUUUUCUAUUAAGAGCAAAUAAGUAUAACAAACUUCAGAUGCUUGGGGAGUCCUCAGAAAAUGAUAAAAAGCUUAUUCUUAUUGAAGACAUUCCUAACCAGUUCUACAGAGAUCCUGGCAGCCUGCAUGAAAUCCUCAGGAGUUUUGUUCGCAGGAGUAGGUGCCCCCUGGUCUUUAUAAUCUCAGAUAACUUCAGUGGAGACAGCAACCAGAGGUCACUGUUCCCCGCUGAAAUUGUAGAGGAGUUGUGUAUAUGCAAUAUUAGUUUCAAGCCUGUUGCACCAACAAAUAUGAUGAAAGUUCUCAAUCGAAUAGCUGCAGCAGAAGCCAGUAUGAACAGAGAGAAUUGCACUCUUGAUAGAACUUCUCUGGAGUUGCUUUGCAGAGGUUGUUCAGGUGACAUAAGAAGUGCAAUAAACAGCCUUCAGUUUUCUUCUACAAAAGGCUGCUCAUUGGAGAAAGAAUUUUGGUCAAAGAAGAAGAAGAGCUCCACAAUAAAAUGUGAUGAAACAGGAGUAUCCAAAGUAAGAAAGAAAAGUAAAUGUAAUACCUCAGAAGACCAGGAGAUACAAGCCAUUGGUGGCAAGGAUGCAUCCAUUUUUCUUUUCCAUGCUCUGGGGAAAAUUAUUUAUUGCAAAAGAGAGGCAGUGUCACAAGCAGAGUGCCCUCAGCUGCCUGCGCACCUGUCCGGACACCGCCGGGACACCUUGCUCAUCCAGCCUGAGGAAAUUGUGGAGAAAUCUCACAUGUCUGGAAGCAUGUUCAAUCUAUACCUUCACCAGAACUACGUGGACUUCUUUUCUGACAUAGAUGAUGUAGUGAGAGCCAGUGAAUAUUUGAGCACUGCUGAUGUCCUUUGCAGUAACUGGAGUGCACGGCUGGUGAUGGAGAGCUACAGUGCCUCCGUGGCCACCCGGGGCGUGAUCCACUCCAACACCUCCAGGGCCUUUGCCCACCAGCAGGGGGGCAUGGGCUUCCGACCCUUACACAAACCACAGUGGUUUCUGAUCAACAAAAAGUAUCAGGAAAAUUGCAUUGCUGCAAAAUCCCUGUUCUCAAGCUUCUGUUUACCACCUGAGUGCCUUCAGACAGAGCUGCUGCCUUACCUUGCUGUGUUAGCAAACCCAAUGAGAAACCAAGCUCAGAUUGCUUUUAUCCAAGACGUGGGGAGGCUGCCACUGAAAAGACAUUUUGGGAGGCUGCAGCUGGAGGCUCUGGGUGACAAGGACCCCGGCGUGCCCGAGCUGUCCCACGGGGAUGGCGACCCCGAGGGGCUCCCCUCCAGCCAGUCCAGCGGCAGCGACCUGCCCGGCAGCCAGCCCCAGCCCGUGGCAGCCCAGGCCCUCCUGGAGGAGGAGGAACUGAGGAUCGAGGAGUACGACAGCGACUGAGAGACCGCGACACGCCCCGCGCCGUGCCCGCAGCGCUGCCCAGCCGGGCGCCGGGGCUGGGAGCCAGCCCGGGCCGGCCCUGAGCCCCCGGGGAGCUCCCGGAGCCCUCCUGCUCUGCAGGGCCGGCCCGAGCCACUUCCUGCCUCUCCUGAGCCAUGACACUGCCUGAGGGCGGUCACCAGAGAGAAAUAAAGGACUGAAAUCCGUUUGAAAGAGACUAGAGAUGAGCAGUUGUCAGUCUUAAAUUAUUUGUAUUUUUACACGUUUUAAUAUACUUUGCAGUCAUGCAGUGUGUUUCCUGAGGACACAUUCUGUAAGUUGUCAGCAUUUAGAGGGUUUGUUCAAGUUCACACUAUCAAAAAAACUGCUGUUUGGAAGUUGAGCCCUUCUGGAAAGAGGAGGCUGAAAUUUACACCUGAAAAGUCACCGUACUGAUGAUGUAAAGAAAACUUCUACUGUAUUCAUACUGUUUUGUACUCUGACUUACAGAAGGCAUAAAUAAGAUCUUCAUGUCUUUAUAAGUGGAACUAAUGUUGUACCAUGGAUUAUUUUGUAUUCCUCUUGCAAAAAAAUUUUCAUAACUCUUUGAGGGGAAAAGGCAGCAAUUAAGCACAAGUUGUGCUUUGUAGCAAGUUAAAUGUAUAAUGUGCAGUUUUUCUCCUUGACUUGCAGUUGUGCUGGGGGAAACUGUGAUCUGUGUUUGGUAACUGACACGAUUGAGUGCUGUGGUUAAUGCCACAGCAGAGAGGAAAAAACAGCUUUGUGUGAUGCA